GAAAUAAUGUAAGUAAUAGCAUUGUCGGAUGGUGUCACAGCCUUGAUCCAACGUGACUGCCGGAUGCAGACGCAGCGUGCAGCUUCUGCAUCCCACAGUCAUGUCGCUGCGACAACAUCCGACAAUGCUAUUACUUAUCUAAUUUCUGUUGAAUCCAAUGUGAUGCCUGCAUUUUUGCGCAGCGUGUCGGAUCGCACGGAAAUCACACGUGGAGUCCUACCCUAAAUAUAUUCAGCUAUUAUGGUUAAAAGAAUGAUGAGCAGUUUACUCAUCUCAGCUGUUGAUAAACUUUAACUCUUAAUUUUCCUUGACAGCUAAAAGCUGCAGGGAAUUAUAGUUUGCGUCACCUGGAGAUUCGGUGAUUAAUAAUCCCUGCUAUUUAUUGCUAGGACAAUUAAAUGCAAUUACAGAAGAAAAUCUGUACAUGUGGCAAUUAAUUGGGUGCAUGUUCUUUGCAGCAAAACCGGUUAAUUACUUUUUAAUGCAGGUGCAACCUUUGUUCAACAUGCAUUUCUCAAUUUUUUUGAGCAUGCAUCAAAGGAUAUAAAAGUAACAUCCUGAUUUAAAUAAAAAACAUAAUUAAUCGGAGCGUCGUGAAACGCAGGUCAGUCAGUGCUAGGUAAAGUCAAGAAAGUUCCCAAGGCGAGGAGGUCUACAUCUACACCUUCCACCCCACUAUGUCACGGUCAAGCCUCCCUGGCCAGAGUUAGUCGGGAGGAAAGGUGGCAACUAGGGUUUUAGAGUGAGGUAAAAUAAUGUUUCAUUAAGAGCAGAAUUAGGCACUAUUUUUUUUGUUUUGAAUAAUAGGUACCCUUUAAGCAAAUAAAGUGUAACUACAUAUGCGUAUUGACAAUUACUUGUUACAAAUGCAAGCCAAUGGCACUCAGUGUUUCUGUAUAAAUAAAUAGACUUUGUUUUGUGUGUAUUCAGGUUUGUGUUUGUUGUUAAACUAUUGAAGUUAAUAAAGUUGCACCUAUAAAAGAAAAAGCACUGUUGGUUUGUUGUUACUGGGCAACAUGUAAAACAAUGCUUUCUCUAUAGCAGCAGGACUGAAGUUUUAUAUUCCAGAGCCACAGUGAAAGACUCUGCGGACAGCCAUUCAGCCAGCACUACAAUUUCUUUAAGAUUAUGGCUUUACCUUUUCUACCAGGGAAUUCCUUUAAUAGGAAUUGCCUGGGACAGAUGCAUUUGCAAUAGAGUGAAAAAGCUGACAGUUGUUACAGUUCAACUUUUAACUGUAUUGCGCAUGUGCACAAAGAAAAUAGAUGCAGGUGCUCACUUAGAAGAGUCCCUGGCCAGUGCAGUUUUCUGCUAACAGGAUCCCAGGGUAUCAGUUAGGAAAAGAAAAAUUCCACAAAUCCCAGCAUUUUGGCUACAGCAAUGACAUUUCCAUGUUGCUUGGGACAGAAAAAACAGGAAUUGGAGGAGAACCUCUUCCAGGACAGAAUUUAAAACCUAAAUUUAGUGUAUUCCCUAAAGGAGUUGGCAGCGAUGCCCCAUCCUGGGUGGCAUUUGACAAGCAGGUUCUUUCAUUUGAUGCAUAUUUUGAGGAGGAAGUUCACCAAAGAAGAGAGGAAACCUAUCGAAUGAGGCAAUGCAAGAUAUAUUUCUAUCUAGAAGAUGACACAAUUCAAGUUGUUGAACCCGAAGUAAAAAACAGUGGCAUUCCACAAGGUACAAUAAUUCGCCGCCAUCGAAUUCCUCUUCCAGCACCUAAUGAUGACCAGUUUUUUACUGUGGAUCAUUUUAACCUCAGUAAGGAUAUUGUCUUUUACUCCAAGAUAUAUAGGAUUGUAAAUUGUGAUGAGUUUACAAGAAAUUUCCUGAGAAAGCUUGGAGUCAGAAUAAAUCCUUCAGACACUGUUCCACCUGAUGCCUACUUAAGUACACGUAAAAAGAUGGAAGAGAUGCAACCGUUACGUCCAUAUGAGCGGAUAGAUACACUGAAGCAGUUCUUGGAGCAUAACAGAAAUGUUUUGCGGUUUUAUUGUUUCUGGGAUGAUACAACUCCUUUUGGUGACUCAAGAGAACUUUUUUUAUAUUACUACCUGGCCGAUGACACAGUUGAAAUCCUGGAAGUCAUACCAGCUAAUUCUGGACGAGAUACAACUCCAGUCUUCCUUCACAGAGGAAAGUUACCCAAGUCUUCACCACAAAAUGUGCUACAGCCUGGACAGACUACUGCUCGUACAGUUCUAAAUGUGUUUGGACCAAUGGGACAUGGAGGUCGUUAUAUUCUUGAUAACCUUAAGACCGGGGCUGUAUAUGAAGAGUUUUACAAAGACUGUGACUUAACAAUUGGAGCAGCCAUCAAUGUAUGGGGAAGAAAAGUAAUCCUUUGCAACUGUGAUGAAUUCACCAAGAAUUAUUACAAAACCAAAUAUGGCAUUGAGAAUUUUACACCUGUCCAGUACAAAGCUCUACAGCCUCCAAAAGCUAAGAAGGAAAUUCCACCCUAUAAUGGUUUUGGUUCUGAAGAGGAUACACUUUGUUCUUGUAUGGCUCUUCUACCAAAGCCACCUCAGCGAGAUUUCAAGAAGUUCAUGGAAAAGGACAGGAAUGGACUGGAAAGUAACGUGCUCAGAUUUGUUGCAAAACUUGACACUGACAAUCCUAUUGACAAAGAGAGGAAAUUUAUUGUAUCAUUUUUCUUGAGCGAUGAUACCAUAUGUGUUUUUGAGCCUCAGGAAAGAAAUUCAGGAAUGAUUGGUGGUAAAUUUUUAGAAAGAAGUCGCGUUAAGAAACCUGGUCAACAGCUUUUCAAGAGCGAGUUAUCUGAAUAUUUUAGACCUGAAGAUCUUUUUGUUGGAGCCCGAGUUAAUUUCAAUGGCUUCCUUUUCAUCUUGGUUGAUGCCGAUGAAUAUGUUUUCAAUUACAUGGAGAGGAAUGCAAAUGAGUUUCCCAUGUCUGACAUCAGUGUGAUAACAAGCAAGCUGAGAAGGAUAGGAGAAACAAAAUCCAGAGAAAUAAAGCAGCACUUUGAAGCUAAUGAUCCAGCAGGCACCAGCCAUAUGCCAUAUGAAAUUUUCAGAAAUCUGCUGGUGGACAUUUAUGAGAAACAACUGACUGAACAUGAAAUCAUGACCAUAGGACGAUACUUUAGUGUAAGAGAGAAACCAGAAACUGAUCUUGGAUUCCUAACGGCUAUUGCACAAGAGCAACUCAAAAAAAAUUCAUUUGAGAACUUUAGCAAACUCAGUGAUGUGUUUGUGUACAACGAUAAAGAUAGAAAUGGAUGGCUUUCCUUGCAGAAAACAAUAACAAUUUGCAAAGCAUUUAGGAUUCCUUUAGCAGAUGAUUUUCUUCGAGUUCUAUUGGAAAAACAUACAGAAAAUGGUGAUCAAGUUAAUUACAUGAGUUUGGUAGCUGGCCUCAACUGGAGAGAGAAUCCAAUUCCUGCACAAAAGACAACACCAAUUAAGUAUGAUCCUGAUUGGAGUGGACAAGCCACAGCCAACGCAGUAAACAAUGUCAACGUUCUGCUUCUUCUGGACGACUUGUUCGGGAUACAGAAAUGACUCAAAUUAAACUUGAAAGGCUCAUCCUUUUUGAAAAACAUUGGUAAUAAUUCCCACGCAGCGUGACACCAAACCACUGAAAACAAACAUUGCCUGGCAUUGAGAAUGAAAAAUAAAUUUCAUUAGAAGCAGA